CAUAUAGGGAAGUCUGCUUUAUGGUUUCCAGGAACUGUUUUCUGCCCCACGUCAUUUCAGUUGUUUCUUCUUUUUUCAUACUUGGUAUUAACAUCUGCAUCAUGUCUGUUCCAUUGCGGGCUGCUUCUCUCCACCCCUGAAGGCAACUUCCUCCCUGCUGCACGUGUACAAAACCUCCCUCCUACGAGUGUCUUCCUCUUUUUUGUUGGUCUCAUUUCUUCCUCACGCAGCAUUGGUGACGUUUCAUCUCUGCUCGUCAACGGCAAGUGUGAGCCCGAGCUGAAAGCAGACCUCAUCCCCGCCGGCAGGUUUCCUGUGUCAUUCUCGUUUCAGAAUAUCAUGUGGGACUGUACAGGACUUUCCGCACGUCAUCUGGAGCUUUUUGAAGAGAUUCUGCUGAAGUUGAUCAUCUGCAGUGAGCUCUGCCAGAUGUGAAGCACCAUUGGAAUGUGUCUGGCGUUCUUCAUUGGAUGGCUAUCUUUUACAGUCGAGUCACGCAUCUGACCGAAAACAACAGGUAAAUUCCUAAACAAGGCGGAGACAACUCUGCAGAAGCUAUGAACCACUCGGCCGCUACGCCAAAUCAAACCGCAAACUCAACUGAACUGUGUGUCAAAAUUGGCCAGAGCUUCAUCAGCGACUUGUUGAUGGGCGUUUACAUCGUGUCUUUUAUCUUCGGUUUGAUCUUCAACGUACUGACUCUGGGCCCAAUUUGGCAACAAAUGCGAAAGCAAAAUGUCCUGGGCAUCUUCCUACUCAACCUCUCCCUCUCAGACUUGCUCUACCUUUUCACCAUGCCCCUUUGGAUCAAUUAUUAUCGACAGGAACACAACUGGAAGUUUGGCGUUGUCUCCUGCAGCGUAGUGGGUUUUAUCUACUACUCCAACAUGUACAUUAGCAUCUUCCUGCUAUGCUGUAUCUCCGUUGACCGCUGCCUGGUGGUCACAUUCCCACUCCAGUUCAAGACUCACCGCACUUCACGCUAUGCCUGGGCGCAAUGCAUCUCCGUGUACGUCAUUAUAGUGGUGCUGCACAUCAUGGUGCUGUUCAAUGACAAUCUGAUAGACGCUCAUGACGACCGCAACAAAAAUGACCGAUGUUAUGAGACUUACCCCUUGGAGCAGCCUGUAGCCUUGUUCAAUCUGAUAAGAGUGGGACUCGGCUUCCUGUUGCCUUUGCUGAUUUUAGCGGUUAGCUAUUGGCGGGUGCUGGCAACUGUGGGCCAGAGCCCCGGAUUGAGUCCACAGGCAAAGAGAAAAGUCCGCCUGUUGUCCUACGGUGUGAUUGGGAUCUUCUCUUUGUGCUUUGCUCCGUACCACAUUCUGCUCCUGGCACGCUCACUGGCGUUCUACUUCAGUGAGAAUGUCGACCCUGAAGGAAGUUACUGCCAGUUCGAACAAGCCACGCACUUCUACUUCUCAUGCACAUUAGCUUUGUCCAGCUUGAACUGUGCGAUGGACCCUGUGCUGUACGUGAUGGUUAGUAAUGGAGUCCAAGAGGAGAUGAAGCUUUUCUGGAGGAGAUAUAAAAGAACACAGACAGAAGACUGCAGUCUAACUGCCAACAACAGGCCAAAACCUAAGCCAUAUUUGAUGAUAUGAUAUAAACUGUGGUGUUAUGUGCAGCACGUACAUCCAAGCAUGUGCUUAUACGUGCUGUUUGCACUCAUGUUCGUCUUAAGUGUUAGCUAGUGAAUAGCUGGAUUACUUCACAAUCAAGACCUCAUGUCUGUCAGACAUCUUUUGAGAGAACCAUAUUGCUAUCUCUGUCUGACUUUUAUUUAUUUAUUUUUUCCUCACUGAUAUUGUCACGUUCAGACGCGUGGAUGGAAUAUUUCAGAGCUGUGUAAUUAUACCAAUGUUCUAGGUUUUGCUCUCCAGAGAUUUUACACAGCAGCAGGCACUCCUGGUGUGUAGACAAAUGCUGUUGGCCUUGAAGAGCCCUUGAGUUUUUGCUGCUGCUCUGAAUGUAUAAAGCUCUGGACAGAGCACUGAACAAGCAAAAUGAAGCCACUCUCUUCAAACUGACUGUGUCUAAAAUCUUGGGCCAUACUAAAAUACAAAAUGGAUGAAAUGGAGCAAAAUGGGGACUGAUAAUCACAAAAUGGGGACUGAUAAUCAAGAAAUGGGGACUGAUAAUCAAGAAAUGUGGACUGAUAAUCACAAAAUCGGGACUGAUAAUCAAGAAAUGUGGACUGAUAAUCAAGAAAUGUGGACUGAUAAUCACGAAAUGGGGACUGAUAAUCAAGAAAUGUGGACUGAUAAUCACGAAAUCAGGACUGAUAAUCAAGAAAUGUGGACUGAUAAUCAAGAAAUGUGGACUGAUAAUCAUGAAAUGUGGACUGAUAAUCAAGAAAUGUGGACUGAUAUUCAAGAAAUGUGGACUGAUAAUCAUGAAAUGUGGACUGAUAUUCAAGAAAUGUGGACUGAUAUUCAAGAAAUGUGGACUGAUAAUCACGAAAUGGGGACUGAUAAUCAAGAAAUGUGGACUGAUAAUCACGAAAUCAGGACUGAUAAUCAAGAAAUGUGGACUGAUAAUCAAGAAAUGUGGACUGAUAAUCAUGAAAUGUGGACUGAUAAUCAAGAAAUGUGGACUGAUAUUCAAGAAAUGUGGACUGAUAAUCAUGAAAUGUGGACUGAUAAUCAAGAAAUGUGGACUGAUAUUCAAGAAAUGUGGACUGAUAAUCAUGAAAUGUGGACUGAUAUUCAAGAAAUGUGGACUGAUAAUCAAGAAAUGUGGACUGAUAAUCACGAAAUGGGGACUGAUAAUCAAGAAAUGUGGACUGAUAAUCACGAAAUCAGGACUGAUAAUCAAGAAAUGUGGACUGAUAAUCAAGAAAUGUGGACUGAUAAUCAUGAAAUGUGGACUGAUAAUCAAGAAAUGUGGACUGAUAUUCAAGAAAUGUGGACUGAUAAUCAUGAAAUGUGGACUGAUAUUCAAGAAAUGUGGACUGAUAUUCAAGAAAUGUGGACUGAUAAUCAUGAAAUGUGGACUGAUAUUCAAGAAAUGUGGACUGAUAUUCAAGAAAUGUGGACUGAUAAUCAAGAAAUGUGGACUGAUAUUCAAGAAAUGUGGACUGAUAAUCAUGAAAUGUGGACUGAUAGUCUAGAAAUGUGGACUGAUAAUCACGAAAUGUGGACUGAUAAUCUCGAAAUGUGGACUGAUAUUCAAGAAAUGUGGACUGAUAUUCAAGAAAUGUGGACUGAUAAUCAUGAAAUGAGGACUGAUAUUCAAGAAAUGUGAACUGAUAAUCAAGAAAUGUGGACUGAUAAUCAAGAAAUGUGGACUGAUAAUCACGAAAUGUGGACUGAUAAUCAAGAAAUGUGGACUGAUAUUCAAGAAAUGUGGACUGAUAUUCAAAAAAUGUGGACUGAUAAUCAUGAAAUGUGGACUGAUAAUCAUGAAAUGUGGACUGAUAAUCAAGAAAUGUGGACUGAUAAUCAUGAAAUGUGGACUGAUAAUCAAGAAAUGUGGACUGAUAUUCAAGAAAUGUGGACUGAUAAUCACGAAAUGGGGGUAAAAUGUAAUGAUAUGGAGCAGACUGACCCAGACUGACUCCAAAUUAGUACUUUUAUUUACUUGUUUGGCAUUCGUUUUUUGUGAGAUGCGCUCAGUACAGGAACUCUGGGCAGGUCCAGCAUCUGGUGUUCAAAAGAUGAAACUUCAGCCACUGGGUUAGUCUGCUCCAUUUCGUUACGUUUUACCCCCAUUCCUUAUUAUCAGUCUCCACUUUGCUCCAUUUCGCUAAAUAAAUAAAUAAAUAAAUAAAAAUACUUAAUUGAAUCAUAUUUAUAUUUAUUUUUUAAUCUUUUAAUUGUGCUUUUAUUUUAUUUAUAUUUUAUUUUGUUUUCUGAAUUGUUUUCUGUGAACAGCCUUGAGGAGAUGCUGUUGUGAUUUGGCGCUCUAUUAAAAAAAAAAAAAAAAAUUGGAAUCAGUCUGCUCCAUUUACGUUUUACCCCAUUUUGUUAUUAUCAGUCUCGAUUUUGCUCCAUUUUCCUAAAAACAAUAAAAUAAAAGUACUUAAUUGAAUCAUAUUUGGAGUCAGUCUGGGACAGUCUGCUCCAUUUCGUUACAUUUUACCCCCAUUUCAUGAUUAUUAGGCUCCAUUUCAACCCAUUUUGCUCAUUUCGUAUUUUCGUAUAGCUGAAAGUCUCUAAGGAGUGUUUCUAAUGCUUUAUUGAAUCUUUACCACAAGGCGCUUCUGAAGUCAACACUGCGUCCACCUCGGUACUAGUCAGGUGUAACUAAUGAAGUGUAAUAUGUUACAUGGGUUCCAAAAAAUAUGUGUACAAAGUGACUGGAUGAAAUUGGUGUACUCAUGGUAACGCAUUGAAGUGUGAAUGUUAGAAUUAUGUUUAUGUUCUGAUGAGGUUCAACCUCUGAAUUCCUUGGUUGGAACUUAUUGGGCCUCCUGUGGCCGACACUGUAUAUAGUAAAAAUUUAUUUGAUGAGAAAGUUGACUUGAUCAAAGAGAGUUACGCAGUAGAUAUUCAGUGAACACAACAUUUGUGUACAGAACACAAGCUCCGCUACUGUGGUCAGUAUCCACGUACUGUACGUGAGAAGGGCAAAGGUGGUUGAUCUGUACCUUCAUGCCACAAUAUUGGCAAUGUUCUAUGUAGAAUUUUUAAUAGAAAUCUGUGGAUUUUGUUCUCGUCUCCACAAGGACAUUGUACUAUAAGGACUUUGGUAUAGCUUAAAAUGUAUUAACCUCCAAGCAUGAAAAUGUAUGAAUCUGCAUGACCGUGGUACCUAUCUAUAGUGUCUGUAAAAUACUGUGAAUAAAGUGAGUAAUAACCUCAA